AUGCAGCAGAGGGAGCAUCGCUAUAAGGUCCUGGUGAUCGGAGACCUUGGCGUCGGGAAGACGAGCAUCAUCAAGCGCUACGUGCACCAGCACUUCUCCGCUAACUACAGAGCCACCAUCGGAGUGGACUUCGCUCUCAAAGUGAUCAACCUGGACCAGGACACGAUCCGGCUGCAGCUGUGGGACAUCGCAGGUCAGGAACGUUUCGGGAACAUGACCCGUGUUUAUUACCGUGACGCCCUCGGCGCCUUCGUGGUUUUCGACGUUACUCGCUCGUGCACUUUCGAGGCCGUGAGGAAGUGGAAGGAGGAUUUAGACGACAAACUGAACGUCUCCGGAGGGAAACGAAUCGCCGCCGUGCUGCUGGCCAACAAAUGUGAUGAGGAGAGAGACGAAGCUUUCGCUACAAACUACAGCAGAAUGGAGCAGUUCUGCCGAGAGCACGGCUUCAUCAGCUGGUUCGAGACAUCAGCCAAGGAGAACAUUAAUAUAGAUGAAGCCGUUACCUGUCUGGUGAGCAACAUCAUGGCCAGUGAGACAGAACCGCUCCAGAGGGACGACAUGAGCAUCGUCUCCCCUAACCUCGAUUCGGGACGCAGCCCUCCCUGCUCUGCCUGCCUGAGAGCCUAAAACACUCCAUCCUAACCUCACCUUUUCACCUCCACACUUCAUCCCUCAAAAUACAUCCAAUCAUACUCCCUACACACACACACACACACACACACACACACACAGAGAUGACUGUAUAUGUAAGUGUUUAUGUGUACAGUUGUCUGUAUGUGAUAUAAAAAGCAUCUGUGCAUUUGUAUCCAUGGCAACAGACUUGAAACUUCACACAUCAGCAUCAUUAUAGAGGAACUUGUGCAUGUGUCUCUCGCUUGCUCUCUCAUUAUUGAAUGUAAAGAGAUUUGAUGUGUGAUGUGUUAAGUAUGGAAUAGUACACUGGGGAUCAUGCUGUUACAAGAAAGUCCUCAUACACCGCAGCAAUUUUCCAGUGAUUUACAGUAUGUUUAUUUAUUAAAGGAAAUGGCGUAUCUUUUCUACAUUUACCGAUGAGGAACGUGCCUAGAAAAUGUCUCUACAGACUGUUUCAUCCAUGAAACCCAAAGAGAUACGAGUGUGUCAAAGUAACUGAAUGGAAAGUGUGUGUGUGUGUGUUUCUGACCACAAACAGACCCAAUCAAUGAGACUGAAAGAUCAAGUGAAAGGUCAACAGUGAUCAAUAAAUUUGUCAAUAAUUACACCGUCAUGUGACCCAAACAAUCAAGUACACACACUAAAAAGGAAAUUUAUUGUUAUUGUGGAAUAUAUACGUGCAUAAUUUAAAAUGAAAUAUAGUGUGUGUGUGUGUGUGUGUGUGAGAGAGAGAGGUUUAAAUGAAAGACCUUCAGGGAUGGGAAUAUGAAUAAUGAGAUGUUGAGUUUAAUUAA